GCAGGUUAAGUUCCGCAGCCACAGCUUCCAAAAUGUAGAGAAAAACGUUCGGGGCAUUAUGAAUGUCUUGGAGACACACCUAGGUGAGCUCACUUCGCGUUGUUCCGAAUUACCCGACCUACUGGAUCAAUGAGGAGCAAGAGAUUUCGCACCCCGUGCGAGUGAAAAAUUUGCACCUGCGUGUGCGAACACUUAGAGGCUUCGCACUUGAUGAUCAACUUUCGCACAGGCACCUUCUACUUCCGGUGGCUCUCGCUCCCCAUAGCGUUGACCGUGCCGUCAUGGCUCGGUCUGUGCUGGCUGGCCAGCGUAGAGAUUGGGAACCGUCUUUCGCUUGUCAGUGGUGUCGGCAAGCACUAUCAUCUGUGGGACCUGGUACCAGAGUACUGCACCGCUGUGUGUCUCAGCUACAUCUACUUCAUACCCGUCGCUUGCUGGGCGUCUUCGCGCCACGCUGUCGCCUUGAUCAAGUUCUGGCAUAUCCUAGAGACGCAGAUAGCGGACUUGUACGAGCCUAUCCCGAGGAGUGGCCUACGCUGCAGAGCUUGGGUCUUCUGUGCGCUCUGCAUCUUACCACCGUUCGCGAUUAGCCUACUAAGUCUUAGGACCAGUCAGCUGGUCGAGAAGGACAUGUGGACCCUUAUCAUAAACGUACACUCCUUCUUCUUCCCGUGUGUGGGAGUGGGCUUCUGGUUCUUUUGUUGUUACGGCCUACGCGCAGUAGCUUUGAACCAGGCUGGCAACCUGCUGGGCGAUUUUCAGAGACUUGGCGUGGCUGGGCUGCGUGCCCACCGCCGAGUGUGGCAGCGCCUGGCACGCGUCCUACACCUCCUGUGCGUCACGUUGGGCCGAAUGCAGAUCGUCCUCUUCACCAUUCUGUUCACCUGCUACGUGAGCAUCAGCUUCCUGUUCACGCACUUCGCCAUCGACCGGGUGUGGGACCGGCGCUCUACCAUCUGUGCCGUCUUGUACGCCGUCAUGAUUGUGGGUGUUGUGACGACCUGUGUCGCAGCCGAGUUCGUCUCUCAAGCGCUGAGACGUCCGGCUACGCACCAACUUUUUCACCUUGCUUCCUCUACGAAAAGUGAUUACAUUUUAAGUGAAAUUCAACUUUUCCUUGCUGAUAUCGAACACCUUAGCCCGAAGGCUACGGUUCUAGGUUUUGGAUCUCUGGGGCGAUCUUCAAUUAUUUCGUUUCUCUCUCUGGCGACGACAUACACCAUAGUACUAUCGCAGCUUACUGUAUCGUCAGAGACAACAGUUAAGAAGUUUGAAGAAGUCGACUUCUAUGAUGAGUUCUAACGGUUACAGCUCUUUUGCCAAGUCCGAUUAUCCCAUACAACGAAAUUGUACUCUUAGAAAUGAUAUCUCCAAUUAUACACACCAAAGGAACAUUUACCAAGUUUGUGAAUUACUAUACUAGACCAUAUGGCCUACUGUUCUCUGCCUAAUCAAUUGUUCUUUAUAUAGUAUGAUAGUGUAAAUGUGUAUGAUCUAAGUUUGCAGCAAGAAGAUGCUAGUAUUAGAUAAAAAUUGGUGAUUCUCAGAAUACGGGCCGUUUAGGAGUUCCUAAAUGAUUAUUUUUUUCGAAUUUGCUUGGUUUUUUGGUCGCAAUGGUUUUAUUUACCUUCAAAUAAGAUAUGUGUAAAGUGGCGAUAGCUCAAAUCACGUAGUUCUAGUACAACGUUAAAAGACCAUAUUGUGGUCAUGUUCAAUCAAUGAUGGAACUCAAAUAUUGCCUCCCGCACCUUUUAAUUGGUCUUUUGUUUGGUCCACUAGUGUGUUGUACUCAUAUUUUACAUCCAGUCAUCCCCAUUUUACGCGUUUUAGUAUGACUAGAACAUUGCAAUAAAGAACUUGUUUUCGCCCCGA